AUGGUCGUCCCGCGGAAGCCCCGGCUCCUAUUCCGGACUAUGUUCCUGGCGCUCUUUUUCCUCCCCCAGGCACGACCGGCCGGCGUCUUCGAACUGCAGAUCCAUUCUUUCCGGCCGGGUCCUGGACCUGGCGCUCCGCCGUCGCCUUGUGGCGCCCAGGACCCUUGCCGCCUCUUCUUCCGGGUCUGCCUGAAGCCGGGGGUCUCAGAGCAAACUGCAGAGUCCCCGUGCGCCCUGGGCGCUGCACUGAGUGCUCGCGGACCGGUUUACACCCGGCAGACGGGAGCACCUACGUCUGACCUGCCGCUGCCCGACGGCCUCAUGCGCAUUCCCUUCCGUGACUCCUGGCCGGGUACCUUCUCGCUCAUCAUUGAAACCUGGAGGGAGGAGUUAGGAGAACAGAUUGGAGGACCAGGCUGGAGCUUGCUGUCGCGCGUGAACAGGCGGUGGCGUCUGGAAGCCGGGAGCCCGUGGACACGUGAUGUGCAGCGCGCAGGUGGCUGGGAGCUGCGCUUCUCCUACCGCGCGCGUUGCGAACCGCCCGCCGUCGGGGCUGCUUGCACGCGCCUCUGCCGUUCGCGCAGCGCCCCCUCGCGGUGCGGCCCGGGACAGCGCCCCUGCGCUUCCGUGGAGGAUGAAUGCGCAGCGCCGCUGACCUGUCGAGCAGGCUGCAGCCCAGAGCAUGGCUUCUGUGAGCAGCCGGAUGAAUGUCAAUGCCUGGAGGGAUGGUCUGGGCCCCUCUGCAAAGUCCCAGUCUCCACCAGCAGCUGCCUCAACCCCAGGGACCCAUCCUCUGCCACCGCUGGAUGUCUCAUUACUGGGCCCGGGCCCUGUGAUGGCAACCCAUGUCUCAACGGGGGCAGUUGCAGUGAAACACCAGGCUCCUUCGAGUGCGCUUGUCCCCGCGGGUUCUACGGCCUGCGAUGUGAAGUAAGCGGGGUGACAUGUGAGGACGGACCCUGCUUCAACGGUGGCUUGUGUGUAGGGGGCGUAGACCCCAACUCUGCCUACGUCUGCCACUGCCCUCCGGGCUUCCAGGGCUCCAAUUGUGAGAAGAGAGUGGACAGGUGCAGCCUGCAGCCAUGCCGGAAUGGAGGGCUGUGCCUGGACCUGGGCUAUGCUCUGCGCUGCCGCUGCCGCGCAGGCUUCGCAGGCCCGCGUUGCGAGCACGACCUGGACGACUGUGCCGGCCGCGCCUGCGCCAACGGCGGCACGUGCCUGGAGGGCCGGGGCGCGCGGCGCUGUUCCUGCGCGCUGGGCUUCGGUGGUCGCGACUGCCGCGAGCGCGCCGACCCGUGCGCCACGCGCCCCUGCGCUCACGGCGGCCGCUGCUAUGCCCACUUCUCCGGGCUCGUCUGCGCCUGCGCGCCCGGUUACAUGGGCGCGCGCUGCGAGUUCCCAGUUCACCCCGACGGCGCGGACGAUGAUGUAGGUGCAUUGCCUGCCACCCCCUUGAGCCCGAGGCUGGGGGACACCCAGCGCUUCCUGGCACUGCCGGUUUUGGGAAUGCUGGUCGCCCUGGGCUUGGCGGGUGCUGCAGUCUUGUUAGUUCACUUGCGACGCCGUGGUCCUAGCCGGGAUACUGGGUCUCGCCUGUUGGCUGGGACUCCGGAGCCACCGAUCCACGCACUCCCAGAUGCGCUCAAUAAUAUGCGGACGCGAGAAGAUUCAGAGGAAGGUCUGAGCCCAUCUGCGGAUUGGAGUCGCCCGGAAGAUGGAGAGUCUCGAGCGGUUUAUGUCAUAUCUGCUUCUUCGAUUUACGCUCAGGAGGUAGCCGCAUGCCUCUACGUCCUUGCACCAUUGGGCACACUAGGCCUGACCUGA